AGCCCCCGCCGCGCCCGGUGCCCCCCACCAUGCCCGAGCCGCCGGCGGCAGCUCAGGAGGGCGAACGGCCCCGGAGGGCCCCGGCCGCCGACGAACGACCGGAGCCGGCGGCCCCCGCUGGCGUCCUGGACAAGCUUUUUGGGAAGCGGCUGCUCCAAGCCGGGCGCUACAUCAUGUCCCACAAAGCCUGGAUGAAGACGGUGCCCACGGAGAACUGCGAUGUGCUGAUGACCUUCCCGGACACCACGGACGACCACACGCUGCUCUGGCUGCUGAACCACAUCCGCCUCGGCAUCCCCGAGCUCAUCGUGCAGGUCCGGCACCACAAGCACACCCGCGUCUACGCCUUCUUCGUCACCGCCACCUACGAGAGCCUGCUGCGUGGGGCCGAUGAGAUCGGGCUGCGGAAGCCGGUGAAAGCUGAGUUCGGCGGGGGCAUGCGGAGCUUCUCCUGCGAGGAGGAUUACAUCUACGAGAACAUCGAGAACGAGCUUUACUUCUUCACCUCUCAGGAACGGCAAAACAUCAUCAGGUACUGGCUGGAGAACCUGCGCGCCAAGCAGGGCGAGGCGCUGCACAACAUCCACUUCCUCGAGGGGCAGCCCAUCAUCCCGGAGCUGGCGGCCCGCGGCGUCAUCCAGCAGGUCUUCCCGCUGCACGAGCAGAGGAUCCUCAAGCGGCUCAUGAAGUCCUGGGUGCAGGCGAUCUGCGAGGCUCAGCCGCUCGAUGAGAUCUGCGACUACUUCGGCGUGAAGAUCGCCAUGUACUUCGCCUGGCUCGGCUUCUACACCUCGGCCAUGGUGUACCCCGCCGUCUUCGGCUCCAUCCUCUACACCUUCACCGAGAGCGACCAGACCAGCCAGGACAUCUGCUGCGUGGUCUUCGCCAUCUUCAACGUCAUCUGGGCCACGCUCUUCCUGGAGGAGUGGAAGCGCCGCGGGGCUGAGUUCGCCUACAAGUGGGGGACACUGGACACCCCCGCCGAGUCCAUCGAAGAGCCCCGGCCCCAGUUCAGGGGCAUUAAGAGAAUCAGCCCCGUGACCAGCGCGGAGGAGUUUUACUACCCGCCGUGGAAGCGCCUGCUCUUCCAGUGCCUGGUCAGCCUGCCCGUCUGCCUCGCCUGCCUCUCCUUCGUCUUCCUCGUCAUGCUGGGCUGCUUCCAGCUCCAGGAGUUCGUGCUGAGCAUCAAGGAGCUGCCCCGCAUCAUCCGCUUCCUGCCCAAAAUCAUCCUGGCCGUCAUCGUCACGACCUGCGACGAGGUUUACAAGAAGAUCGCCUACUGGCUGAACGACAUGGAGAACUACCGCCUGCAGAGUGCCUACGAGAAACACCUCAUCAUCAAAAUCGUCCUGUUUCAGUUUGUAAAUUCAUACCUAAGUCUUUUCUACAUCGGUUUCUACCUCAAAGACAUGGAGCGGCUCAAGGAGAUGCUGGCCACGCUGCUCAUCACCCGCCAGUUCCUGCAGAACGUCAAGGAGGUGUCGCAGCCCCACCUGUACCGCCGGCUGCGCCGGGGGGACCUCAGCCUCCGCAGCCUCCGCGAGGUCGCGCACGCCGUCCUCCGCCUGCUCGCCCGUCCCCGCGGCCCCCCAGCUGCCGGGGCCACCCCCGAGGGGCCGCGGGGCGAGAAGAAGUGUCUGAACGGGGGCUGCGGGGUGCCGGAGGAGGAGGAGGAGGAGGAAGAGCGGCGCGAGUCGGAUUCGGAGGACGAGAGCGCCCUGGACUGCGGGCUGAAGCUGAAGAAGGUGAGCUUCAUCGAGAAGGCGGAGCGGCGCGGCACGGAGCCCGGCGGCCCCGAGGAUGAGAGCUUCCUGGAGGAGGGCAGCCCCACCAUGGUGGAGAAGGGCAUGGACCCCGCCUCCGUCUUCGAGCUGGGCGAGGAUGAGGAUGACGCCGAAGGCGCCCCGGGAAGUCCGGUCAAGGCAGCGGAGCCGGCCGCCGUCCUGCGGGGCAGCCGGAGGAGGCGGGCGGCCGAGAGUCGGGAGGAGGAGGAGGGUGAGGAGGAAGGGCGCAAGCGGAACCGGGCCUCCUGGAUCGACCCGCCCGAGGAGGAUUACUCCACGCAGCUGACGCAGGCGGAGGUGGAGAGCUGCAUGAAGAAGUACGAGGACACCUUCCAGGACUACCAGGAGAUGUUCAUCCAGUUCGGCUACGUGGUGCUCUUCUCCUCCGCCUUCCCGCUGGCCGCCAUGUGCGCCCUGGUGAACAACAUCAUCGAGAUCCGCAGCGAUGCCUUCAAGCUGUGCACGGGGCUGCAGCGCCCCUUCGGCCAGCGGGUCGAGAGCAUCGGGCAGUGGCAGAAGGUGAUGGAGGCCAUGGGCGUCCUGGCCAUCGUGGUCAACUGCUACCUGAUCGCCCAGUGCGGGCAGCUCCAGCGCCUCUUCCCCUGGCUCAGCCCCGAGGGAGCCAUCAUCUCCGUGGUGGUGCUGGAGCACUUCGCCCUGCUGCUGAAGUACGUGAUCCAAGUGGCCAUCCCCGACAUCCCCGCCUGGGUGGCUGAGGAGAUGGCGAAGCUGGAGUACCAACGCCGCGAGGCCUUCAAGAAGCACGAGCGCCAGGCACAGCACCACUUCCAGCAGCAGCAGCGGCGCAAGCGGGAGGAGGAGGAGCGGCAGCGGCACGCCGAGUACCAGGCCCGCAAGGAGCGCGAGUCCAGCCGCGACGAGGCCAAGCCCGAGGCCGCCGGGCAGGACCCGGCCCACGAGAAGAGCCAGGGCAAGGGCAAGGGCUCCGGGGGCACCUCGCAUGGCUCCGACAAGCCCAAGCGCCCCAGCUCGCUGCUGGCCACCAACAACGUCAUGAAGCUGAAGCAGAUCAUCCCUUUGCAGGGCAAGUUCCUCUCCGGGGGGGCCGGGGCUGGCAGCACGGCCGCCGCCAGGUCCCCCCAGUCCCCCACCGGCAGCGAUAACAAACUCCCCGGCUUCCUCAGCUUCAAGUUCCUGAAAUCCCCCGAGACUAAGAGGGACGCGGGGACCGAGAAGGUCCAGUCGCCCACCAAGCCAUUCAACCCCGGCAAGCUCUUCAACUUCGGCAAGUCCGAAGGGGCCAGCGGCAAUGGGGCCACGGCCACCGCCUCCCCCCAGCCCCGGCCCGGCCCCUCCACGGAUGGGGGCGAGCGGCCGGGCCCCAGCAAGUCCCACCUCAACGGGGUGCCGGAGGACGGGGGCCGCGAGGAGCCGGAGCUGCGGACGGAGGAGGAGAGCGGGGGCUAUAAACUCUAACCCGACGUUUCGGGAGCGAGCACGGGCGUGCUGGCCCCGCGCCCUGCACCGUCCCCCUCCGUCGCAUCCCCUCGCGCCCCUCCAGCCCCCCUGCUGGGACCCGCAGCUCCGGUGGGGUCCGGCCUCAUCCUGCGGCACGGACGCCCGAGCAAGACACCGUCGGUGUGAGCAGCAGCAGGGCCCGGCUGUGUCCACGGAUGGAGCAUCCCCUCCCGUACCUCCGGCAAAUUGGGGACAGGCAGGUGAAAUCCUGGUCCUGCUCCACGGCUCCGCAGAGGCCACGGUCACCCAAGGGACGCAGGGGAAUUCGGCGUCCCCAGACCUACCAGGAGCAUCCCGCAGAGCCCCCAUGGGCGAAGGCAGCCGGGCUCGGCACCACGUCUCCGACCGCAGAGGAACGAGACGGCGCGAGGAGCCCGAUUCACCCGUGCCUAUCGCCACCGCCGCGUCCUGCUGCACCAGCCGUAGCCCCGGGGCCGCCGGCACCAUCCCGCAGCCUCGGCACGGGUCCGGUCCUGCCAGCACGGGGACGUUCCCCGGCCCCAGCACCGGCCGGGAGGGAGGGGGGUGAGCGGCGAGCGCCGGCCACUCGGAUUCCCAUGCAUGGGCAGCAUUUCUUGCACUAAAAACAAAACAAAACCCAA